AUGGUGAGCCAUCUACGGAUGGAUUUUGGAGCUGAGCCAUUCGAUCAGGACAAGCUUUCCGCUGUUUUCGAACAGGACGGCUCGUUCAUUCCUGAUCAUCUAUCUAAUCCGCCAGCCUCUGAACCUGUUUUCCCAAGAGUCGAACUGCCAGAGGAAAGCGCCGAGUUGAUUGGUGGUGAUCAACGAGCAAAACAGGUAUUGGUAACCUAACG